UCUUCUGAUGGCUAUAUAAGCAGCUAAUCUUCUUCAGUAUAAUAACAGCCUUAGACAAUCAUCAAAACCUUAAACACAAUGAAGACUGCUGCAGUUAUUGUUUUUCUGGUCUGUCUGCUUGCUCCAGAAGUACACGGGCAGAACAAGAUUCACAAAGGCAGGUGCUUCUGUGCUGACAAAGGAGUGGAUGUGGUUUUAAGGAAGAACAUUGAGAAGUUUGAAAUCAUGCCUCCAAGUCCGUCUUGUGGAAAACAAGAGAUUAUUGUCACUUUGAAGAGUGCAGAGCGGAAAUGCUUGAAUCAAGAGUCUAAAUUCACCCAGAAGUUAAUCAGGAGGGUUCUUGAAAAGAUGGCCCAGCAGUCAGAGAAGCUCAGUGUGAAUCUGGAUUAGCUGCUGUUUUACACCACUGAAUAACAUCCUUAUGAUACCCAUGAAAUGCUGUAUAACCUCUAUAUUGACAUUAGACUGGAGAACAUAUAAACUGUUUAGUGUAAAUAUUUGCUUGUUAAUUUAUGCAACUGACUAUUAGUAAUUAUAAAAU